GAGACAUCAAAGGCAAUAAUUAGUACAAUAAAGGAAUAUAUCGACCAGAAUAUGGCUACACAAGCCAGCCUAAUCAACAAACUAAAUGAAAGAAUAGACUCCUGUCUAAGUCAACAAGUAUAUAAAGACCAAAAAGCUCAGGAACCUGCAACCCAGGAGCUUCCUGCUGCAAUUGUACACAACUACAACUAUAGCUUAACGGGUUUUAACAAUAAUGACCAAGAUGCAAGGACCAUUCCGGGUCAACAAGGUAAUUGCCUCCUAACCCCAAUACUUGACAAUCUCAGAAUUAACAGCCAGCAUAACGAAGCCAAGAACCCAGCCCAUAAUGAUCAACAAGCAAUUCUUAAGCUCAACAGACCAAUUAAAGUAAAAAUAACAACCCGAAAAUACUCUGCUUUUGAUUAUAGCGGC